AUGGAUGUUAUAUGUAAACAUGAACAUUGUAAAGCUAAGCAUUUUAAAGACGAAAAAGUAUCGAAUAAAGGAUUAUCGUUUAAUGAUUGUUGCGGCCAUGGAUGUGUUCAAUUAGAUACGUUUCCAGAUUUUCCACCAGAACUGUCAAGAUUAUUCCAAGGGGAACAUAUUAAGUCACCCACAUUUUUUGAAAAUAUACGUAGUUAUAAUAGUUCUUUAUCAUUUGGCUCAUUUAAUGCCAAUUUAGUAAAUUUUCAAACACGUAGACCAGGACCAUACUGUUUUAAAAUACAAGGUCAGAUAUAUUAUCAAAUGAAUACAGCACUAUAUCCUAGCGAUGGCGAAAAUCUGUCAUAUGGACAACUUUUUAUAAUGGAUCAAAAUGAAGCUUUAAAUUAUAGAAUGCAGCAAAAUAAUGUUAUAGAUUAUCAAUUAAUGAUAGUUUUGGAUAGUAUCAUUCGUGAUAAUAACAUUUAUGCCAAAUCUUACGCAAUGAUGAAUGAAGAAAUACAAUUGCAGCAACUAAUAAGUGAUAUACACGGUGAUUCAGCGCAACCAGAAUUGCAAUUAUUAUUUUCAUUAAUGCCUGGUCAAGACAGCCGUAGAUAUAAUUUUCAACGCGUCAAUGAAGUUGCUGCAAUAUUUUCGACAACUGCUGAUGGAGAAAUACCAGAAUCAUAUGUAACUAUUAGAAAUAAAAACACAAAAUCAUUACAAAUUGUUAGUUCUUUAGAUCCUAAUAUAGAAUCAUGGAUUUAUCCGUUAUUUUACCCCUACGGUUCACAAGGUUGGCAUCAAGACAUGGAGCGUACAAAUACUCAGCGACGUGCUCGGCUUACGCGUUUGGAUUAUACUAAAUACCGCAUAGCUAUCAGAGACAAUGAAUUUAAUCCUAUUAUUAGAGGACGUAGAUUGUAUCAACAAUGGGUAGUAGAUAGUUAUGUCAAAAUUGAACGAGAGAGGAUUCAAUGA